AUGUCUUCCCCGCCCUCACGUUUCAAUUGCUCCGACUCCCCAGCUGGCUUGAGUGAGCCCGGUCGCGGCACUGCGCGCGGUCCAGCGGCUUUCCUCGCGGCCCCGACGGCCUUUGCUGCGCUUCCCCUGCCUUCAGAUCCCGUCGCGGGGGAUGGUUUUGCGGCCACCGCCUUUGGCAGCAACGCUGGUUCAGCAAUUGCUGCGGAGCCUGGUUUGCCGGCGCGCGACGCGCCUGAGCAAGGUCCUGCGACUGGGCCUGUUGCAGCGAGCCCGAUGGGCCUCGCAGGCGGCGCUCCUCGCGAGAUCUGGGAUGCGUCGCCUCCUCCGGUUCCCCCGCCCCUGUACGGGGCACAAGACUUCCACCAGCAGUGGACCUGGCCGGCAUACCUGCGUCCGGACUACAACCGACCCUGGACCCGUGCCACGGUGUCGUUACGUGACCUCCUCCGCACCAUGAUAGAGCUGGUCCGCGACAUGCAGCCGCACUACCACGGCGACUCGCGCGGGGUGCCCGACCCGACGAACUCAAUACGAAGGCAUGCAACAGAUGCAAUCCGCGUGGGCCCCAUGGUCCACGUGUACAAAAUUCUCUGGCGGGAGAGGGGCCCUCCGCUCAUGUGGUCGAUGGUCGUCGUGGCGGCGCACCCGGAGCAGGAGGUGGUGCUUUAUCGAAUCGUGCACCACCUAUGGUCAACAAGCGGCAUGACGCACGCACCGGGAGCGUACGCGCCACCAGCGUGA